AAGCAUGAUCAAGAUGAACUGCAUCCUGGUAACCGCCUGCAUUGUUCUGGUCGCUUUUUGUAGUUCUGGUUAUACCCUAAGGUGUUACCACUGCGAGAACAGCCCUUCCUUGUGCAAGACCAAUAGUACUUGCUUACCAACUGAAGAUACUUGCUUGCAGAUGAAAUUUGGUAAAUUGAGAACUUCCUCCUGCUGGAAGACAUCCCAGUGCAGCAUGAAUGAAAUUGCCGAAUUCUUCCAGUUGGAUAAUUUUGAUUUCUUUUGUUGCCAACAUGACUUGUGCAACGAGAGCGCAAUUACUGAGGUUAACAAAGCAGCCUUCAGUAUUGCCUCUGUACUGACCAUGUUAUGGAUGCUUCUGUAAUAAUCCUGAUUUGUAUGCUGUACUUUCAAGCUGAAAUUAUACAAAAUCAUUAACUCUUUUCUGAAUUAUACUUCUCGCAUUUUCAGUUC